AUGAUUUUCGACUCAAGACUCCCUCUUCCUCCUGUGCCGAGCACGGACGCCUUCACAUAUAUCUUCUACCAGGGCAAGAGGGAGUACACCGAAAACAGGGUACUUUAUCGUGUCGAUGGUACAGACCAGACACUCACAUAUAGGCAAUUGGAACAAAAGAGCCGUCAGUUUGCGGAUGCGAUCCACCGGAGAUACAACAUCGAGCCGAACGAUGUAGUUGCUAUCCUGGCAAAGGACAAGAUUCAAUAUCCCAUUGCCUACUGGGGGGCUGUCGCUACUGGAGCAGUUGUUGCCCCCAUCCCAUUUCCAAGCGAAAUGAGUGGGACCGACGUUGCUGCCCGGCUCGAGCAAGCCAAGGCCAAAAUUUUUAUCACUGAAUCUGAUCUCCUUCAGCUGGUCGGAGAUCGGUGGUCGCGCUUGACCAAGAAUCUGCGAAAUGACUACGAUCCUCCGAAGCAGAACUAG